GCCUGUUUUCUAGCUAACAACAAUCUCUCUCAAUAUCAUCAAUUUCUGCAUUUAUCAUUCAUGGCUGAUUCCGAUCCUAAAAUUCAAUUAAAGUACUUGCAGUUUCUUCAAGCGGCAAUCUUACAGGCGGUGACUGGCUUCUCCCGUCUAUAUGGCUACGCCAAGGACAAUUCCGGCCCUCUCAAGCCGACCUUGGAAACCGUCAAAACCGCCAUUGGUCCUGCUUACCGCAAAUUCCACCAUCUCCCUAUCCAAGUCCUCCAAUUCGUCGAUCGCAAUAUUGAUGAGUCGGUUAAGGUUUCAACACAGGCAGUUUCAGAAGCUCGUAGCAGCGUUGUUUCGGAAGUAGAGAAGAAGAAGGUGAAGAUUGUGGACACAGCUUCGGGAAUUGCGAAUUCCGUUUAUGCCAAGUAUGAACCGGUGGCGGAACAGUAUGCGGUGUCGGCAUGGAAAUCGCUGAAUCGUCUCCCUUUAUUCCCUAGAGUAGCUAAUGGUGUUAUGGUACCGACUGCUGCUUAUUGGUCUGAUAAGUAUAAUGAGAAGGUUAUGAUCACGGCGGGGAAAGGGUAUAGGAUUGCAUCGUAUCUCCCUUUAGUCCCUACCGAGAAGAUUGCUAGGGUUUUCAGUACUCAUCGCCAAGUUUCGGCACCAGCAGCAACCAAUUAGAUUUUUGUGGCAGAUACCGGUUUUUAAUUUUUAUAUAUGAUAAUAAAUUGAUUUGUGUUUUGAGAAUUUCUAUAGUUUAAUAUUAUAUACUUGUAAUUGUUUUAAUUCUAAUAUUAUAUUGUUUCAUUAUAUAUUUAUUUAAUUUAUAUAUAUAUAUAUUUUUAAUUCUUA